AUGGAAGACAUGGACCAGUCGCCUCUGGUCUCCUCGUCCUCGGACAGCCCGCCUCGGCCUCAGCCCGCGUUCAAGUACCAGUUCGUGAAGGAGCCCGAGGAAGAAGAGGAAGAGGAGGAGGAGGAGGAAGACGAGGACGAGGACGAGGACCUGGAGGAGCUGGAGGUGCUAGAGCGGAAGCCCGCCGCCGCGCUGUCGGCGGCCCCGGUGGCCGCCGCCGCCGCCGCCACCCCGGCUCGUGCGCCCCUGCUGGACUUCGGCAAUGAUUUCGUGCCCCCGGCGCCCCGGGGGCCCCUGCCGGCCGCGCCCCUCGCCGCUCCGGAGCGGCAGCCGUCUUGGGACCCGAGCCCCGUGUCGUCGGCGGUGCCCGCGCCCUCCCCACCCCCCGUUACAGCAGACUCGCCCUCCAAGCUCUCUGAGGACGAGGAGCCUCCGGCCCGGCCUCCCCCUCCUCCACCGGCCGACGUGAGCCCUCAGGCCGAGCCCGCGUGGACCCCGGCUGCCCCAGCCCCCGCCGCGCCCCCCUCCACGCCGGCCGCGCCCAAACGCAGGGGCUCCUCGGGCUCAGUGGAUGAGACACUUUUUGCUCUUCCUGCUGCAUCUGAGCCUGUGAUACACUCCUCUGCAGAAAAAAUUAUGGAUUUGAAGGAGCAGCCAGGUAACACUGUUUCUGCUGGUCAAGAGGAUUUUCCGUCUGUCCUGCUUGAAACUGCUGCUUCUCUUCCUUCUUUAUCUCCUCUCUCAGCUGCUGCUUUUAAAGAACGUGAAUACCUUGGUGAUUUACCAGCAGUACUACCCACUGAAGGAACACUUCCAGAAAUUUCAAAUGAAACUUCCAAAGCAUUCUCAGAGAAGACAAAAAAUCCAUUUGUAGAGAGAAAUUUAACAGAGUUUUCAGAAUUGGAAUACUCAGAAAUGGAAUCAUCAUUCAGUGGCUCUCAAAAAACAGAACCUGCCAUAACAGUAGCAAAUCCUAGGGACGAAAUAGUUGUGAGGAGUAAAGAUAAAGAAGAGGACUUAGUUAGUCGUAACAUCCUUCAUACUCAGCAGGAGUUAUCUACAGUCCUUACGAAAUCAGUUAAAGAAGAAGAUAGAGUUCUGUCUCCAGAAAAAACAAAGGACAGUUUUAAUGAAAAGGGAAUUGCAGCAGAAGCUUCUAUGAGGGAGGAAUAUGCAGACUUCAAACCAUUUGAGCGUGUAUGGGAAGUAAAAGAUACUUACAAGCAAGAUAGUGAUGUUUUGGCUGCUGGAGGUAGUAUAGAGAGCAAAUGGGAAGAUAAAGUGGAUAAGAAACGUUUUUCAGAUAGCCUUGAACCAACAAGUCAUGAAAAAGAAAGUGAAAGCAGUAAUGAUGACACUUCAUUUCCCAGUACACCAGAAGCUAUAAAAGGUGGUUCAGGAGCAUACAUCACAUGUGCUCCCUUUCACCCAACAACAACUGAGAAUGUUUCAACAAACAUUUUUCCCUUGUUGGAAGAUCAUACUUCGGAAAAUAAGACAGAUGAAAAAAAGAUAGAAGAAAAAAAGGCACAAAUUGUAACAGAGAAGAAUGCAAGCGCCAAAACAUCAAACCCUUUCCUUAUGGCAGCACAGGAUUCGAAGGCAGAUUACGUUACAACAGAUCAUGUGUCAAAGGUGACCGAGGAAGUAGUGGCAAACAUGCCUGAAGGUCUAACCCCAGAUUUGGUUCAGGAAGCAUGUGAAAGUGAAUUGAAUGAAGCUACUGGUACAAAAAUUGCAUUUGAAACAAAAAUGGACCUGGUUCAAACUUCAGAAGCUGUGCAGGAGUCACUUUACCCUGUAACACAGCUUUGCCCAUCUUUUGAAGAAUCUGAAGCUACUCCUUCACCGGUUUUGCCUGACAUUGUCAUGGAAGCACCAUUAAAUUCUGUAGUUCCUAGUGCUGGUGCUUCUGCAGCGCAGCUCAGUUCAUCCCCAUUAGAAACUCCUCCUUCAGUUAAUUAUGAAAGCAUAAAGUUUGAGCCUGAAAAUCCCCCACCAUAUGAGGAGGCCAUGAAUGUCUCACUCAAAAAAGAAUCAGGAAUGAAGGAAGAAAUCACAGAGCCUGAAAGUAUCAGUGUAGCUGUUCAGGAAACAGAAGCUCCUUACAUAUCUAUUGCAUGUGAUUUAAUUAAAGAAACAAAGAUCUCUACUGAACCAACUCCAGAUUUCUCUAGUUAUUCAGAAAUAGCAGAAGUUGCACAGCCAGUGCCCGAGCAUUCUGAGCUAGUUGAAGAUUCCUCCCCUGAUUCUGAACCAGUUGACUUAUUUAGUGAUGAUUCAAUACCCGAAGUUCCACAAAAACAAGAUGAAGCUGUAAUACUUGGGAAAGAAAAUCUCAUUGAAAUUUCAUCUGAGUCAAUGACAGGACAUGAAAAUAAGGGAAAACUCAGCACUUCACCACCACCUGAGGGAGGAAAACCGUAUUUGGAGUCUUUUCAGCCCAGUUUAGGCAUCACAAAAGAUACCUUAGCACCUGAUGAAGUUUCAGCAUUGACCCAAAAGGAGAAAAUCCCUUUGCAGAUGGAGGAGCUCAAUACUGCAGUUUAUUCAAGUGAUGGCUUAUUCAUUGCUCAGGAAGCAAACCUAAGAGAAAGUGAAACAUUUUCAGAUUCAUCUCCAAUUGAGAUUAUAGAUGAGUUCCCUACUUUUGUCAGUUCUAAAGCAGAUUCUUCUCCUACAUUAGCCAGGGAAUACACUGACCUAGAAGUAUCCCACAAAAGUGAAAUUGCUGACAUCCAGGAUGGAGCUGGGUCAUUGGCUUGUGCAGGAUUGCCCCAUGACCUUUCUUUCAAGAGUAUACAACCUAGAGAGGAAGAAGUUCAUGUCCCAGAUGAGUUCUCCAAAGAUAGGGGUGAUGUUUCAAAGGUGCCCAUACUGCCUCCAGAUGUUUCUGCUUUGGAUGCUCAAGCAGAGGUAGGCAGCAUAGAAAAACCCAAAGUUCUUGUGAAAGAAGCUGAGAAAAAACUUCCUUCUGAUACACAAAAAGAGCGAAGAUCACCAUCUGCUAUAUUUUCAACAGAGCUGAGUAAAACUUCAGUUGUCGACCUCCUCUACUGGAGAGACAUUAAGAAGACUGGAGUGGUGUUUGGUGCCAGCUUAUUCCUGCUGCUCUCACUGACAGUAUUCAGCAUUGUGAGUGUAACGGCCUACAUUGCCUUGGCCCUGCUCUCUGUGACUAUCAGCUUUAGGAUAUAUAAGGGUGUGAUCCAGGCUAUCCAGAAAUCUGAUGAAGGCCACCCAUUCAGGGCAUAUUUGGAAUCUGAAGUUGCUAUAUCUGAGGAGUUGGUUCAGAAGUACAGUAAUUCUGCUCUUGGUCAUGUGAACUGCACAAUAAAAGAACUCAGACGCCUCUUCUUAGUUGAUGAUUUAGUUGAUUCUCUGAAGUUUGCAGUGUUGAUGUGGGUAUUUACCUAUGUUGGUGCCUUGUUCAAUGGUCUGACUCUACUAAUUUUGGCUCUGAUUUCACUCUUCAGUGUUCCUGUUAUUUAUGAACGGCAUCAGGCGCAAAUAGAUCAUUAUCUAGGACUUGCAAAUAAGAAUGUUAAAGAUGCUAUGGCUAAAAUCCAAGCAAAAAUCCCUGGAUUGAAGCGUAAAGCUGAAUGA